CCUAAUCGCAGUUGUCAGUGGUUAAUAACAACUUAAAACAUUCUUGAUGUGUAGCAGUGGUUGUUUGUUGCUAUUAGGGGUGAUGGCGUGAAAAAUUUGUGUUGGGAGUUUUGGAAAGCCGCAGAUUGUACAGAUGUGGCGGCUAAUGUUUUGUAGCGACAAAUGGCGAUGUUCGAGAAGAAGAGCCAAAGGAAAAUUUGUCUAGACGAUACGGAAACGUUGACAUGCGCAAUUGAAAAUUAUCAAAACAUACAAGGGCACACGGAAUAUGUUAUACGUGUGCAACGUGGACCAAUACCAGAGAAAUCGUGGCAUGUCUGUAGGAGGUAUAGUGAUUUUGUAUCGCUGCACAAUGCGUUGCAGCAGUCAAGUCUCCCUCUACCACUACCUCCUAAAAAACUUAUUGGAAACAUGGAUCGAGAAUUCGUAGCUGAGCGGCAGCUUGGUCUUCAGAGUUACUUGAAUUUAAUACUUAUGAAUCCCAUAUUAGCUUCAUCUCUUCCUGUAAGAAAAUUCCUAGACCCAGAGAAUUACUCUACAUCAUUCCAAGAAGUGGCUUUACAACAUGUCUCAAUGGCUCUUAGAGGAGAAGUUAACUAUGAAAUAAUGAGGCCUAUACCUGAAAUGGGUUGGCGUAUUCGGAAACAUUAUUUCCUGGUAAAAAAUCAUAACCAACCUAAAGAUGAAAUGGUGCUUUCUUGGGUUGAAUACGGACCUGACAAACAUCUGGAUGACCGUGAAAUGCUAAGUGCUUGCAAGAGCAUUUCAAGUAUGCAGCAUCCAUUUAUCCAGAAACCAGAAUUUAUAAACUGCAAUGAGAUUGGAGGGUAUGUAGUUCGUGCUCUAAAUAAUGCAGGAACCUUGCGUGAUUUACUGUAUUGUUCAAAACCAAAAUCAACGUUUCUGAGAAAGUACGGCAACCCCAAGCAGCGUAAGCCAUUGUUGGUUGAAGAAGUUUCACUGUAUGGAAAGCAGAUCCUUGAAGCCCUUUCUUUCUUGAAUUAUAAAGGACUCCCAUAUGGCCAUCUGCACCCAGGAAAUGUAAUCGUAGAAAAUGGACGAAUCAAGUUAAUCGACAUUGAAAAUGGUAUUUUGGGACUUCCAUCUUUCUACAGGCCAUAUAUACUACACCACAAAAAAAUUAAGACAAUGGAAGCAGUAGAUGUGUAUUGUUUUGGACAUGUAAUUUAUGAAAUGGCCUUCGCUUAUCCUCUUUAUGACUCAGUCUGUGAUAUUCUGCCACCACAUUGUCCGCCAUUACUACGUUCACUUUUGGAGUCCAUUUUAUCUACAGAAGCAUGCAAAGAUGGUAUGCCCUCAAUUCCUACCCUUUUGGCGCAUCCUUUUUUUAAUGGUUUCACUUCAAAUGGUCUUUCAAAUACGUCAGCUGAUGAACAAGCGUAUCUAAAAUUUUCAUCUCAUUUGAGAGAGUCCCUUAAGGAUGCACGACAAAAGAUGGAAGAGAGACUAAAAGAAGAACAGAAAAUGGUCAGGCAGCAGAAACGUUUGGUGAAAGUGCAAGAGUUACUGACAACAGAAGGUGAUAAAAGAAACAGGAAGCAAAAACUGAAACUGCAGGAACAGACUGCUCCACAACAACAAUUAAUUACCAAUGGAAAAUCACCAGAACGGUCAGAAAGUCCGAACAGUACCAGUACUGCAACAUCCAUUGGGACAGUUACACCUCCAUCAGGACCCUCCGAAUCAUCCCACUCCACAUCAGUCGCCAUGGAUAGCAGCCGGUCUGCACUCCUUGGAUCAAUUUGCAACUUUAAUAAGGCAGCACUACGACAUAUUGAGUCACCAGAAGCAUCAGACAAUGUUGGUCGUGUACUGCGAUAAUAUCUUGGCCACAACAAGUACCAUAACUUUCAUCUUUGACAGUACAUUUACAUGGAGAAGUGAGAGGAAAUGAGAACUAACAUGUUUUGUUCUUGUCAAACAAUGAAUCUUCUGUGUUUUUAUGUUGUCAUGUACAGCUAUUUUCUCUCUUAAGGUCUAUUUAUUUUCAUAUAAUGUUUAAUGUGGAAAUGCCUUGUGUAAAUAAUGGCGCAGUAUAUUGAAGGAAAGCAAAGUAAAGCUUUAUAUGUCAACUACAAAUUCUGUGUGACAGGAAUGUUAGAAUGCUCCAUUUCCAGCCAUGAGGUCCACUGUCUCAUUGACAACAGAAUCUCACGUUACACUUUCAGUGAAAAACUAAAUUGUAAUCUGCAAAAGCUUUGGUUGACAAAAAUGCUGUUCACUGAUUGAAAGCCCAUUGACAGAGUAUAGUAUUUUAUAAAUGACAUUUUUAAUAUAUGUAAUAUGUGAACUGAUUAUUCAUUGUAUGUAAUCUGUUGGUUUUCUCCUAUAUUUCUUUCAUUUCUAUAAUUCCCUUUGUAAUUGUAGUUUUUCUUAAAUUUAUAGUGAAACUUGACUGUUGUAUGCAUUGCAAUAAUUUUGUGCUCACAUUUUGAGUAAGCAGUAUGUAAGUUCCUUUCUGCAUGAUUGUUUUUUUCAUUAUU